GGGUAUAUAAGCUGGUCGGGUAAGGCGCUGCAACAUUUUAAUUCGGUACUAGAUCGGGACGGUUGGUAACUCAUGUGAUUUGUGAUCUCAAGAUUUAAAGAUGGCGGCGGUUCCGGUUUUCAUGAUACUUCUGAUAGGCAGCAGCCUAUCCAAGGAGCUCGAAGAUAAACCGAAACUCUCAAAACUCCUCGAAGACAACGGCAUUCAGGACACGCCUUCCGGAAAGGGGGUGAAGCGGCAGGUGUUCUCAACUGGUUUUGGGUCGCUUAACACCGGACUAGGGUCUCUGGGAACAUCUAUAGGGUCUGUGGGGACACCUAUAGGGUCUCUGGGCACAUCUAUAGGUGCACCGUUAAGUGCACCAAUAAGUUUUGGAGCUCCGGUGGGGAUCCCAGCGGCUCCUGUCGGACCAGUCGCUGUGGCCCCCGCGGCCCCUGUUCUACCAGUCGCUGUAGCCCCCGCGGCCCCUGUCGUACCAGUCGCUCCCGUACAAACAUCCGUCGACAUCGCGCCCAACCCAGUCGUCUUGCGACAAGAAGUACCCAGAUAUAUCACACGCACGAUCACCAGAAACGUCCAAGUACCAGUGCAAGUACCCGUACCUUAUCCCGUUGAACGUCAAGUACCAGUCCCGUACAAUGUUCCAGUACCCGUACCGGUAGACAGACCGGUACCGGUGCCGGUGGUGCAUAAAGUCCCAGUCGAAGUGACAAGGCAUGUGCCUGUGUAUUAUGAAAGGAAAGUGCCGUAUCCUGUAAGAGUUCCGGUACAUGUUCCACAGCCGUACCCGGUCCGGGUAGAUCGUCCCGUGCCGGUUGACAGACCGGUUUAUGUUGACCGUCCGGUACCGGUGCCGCAGCCGGUGUACGUGGACAGGCCGGUGAACGUGCCUGUUCCUGUCCAAGUGGAUAGGCCGGUACCGGUUCCGCAGCCUGUGGUGGUGGAUAGACCGGUGGGUGUGCCGCAGCCUGUGGUGGUUAACAGACCUAUACCAGUCGCGCCUGCUAUACAAACUGUGCCAGCUGUGUCUACGAUACCUGUAUCGAGCGGUGUCUCAUUUGGAGGGCUCUCCACCGGCCUAGGCGGAGGCUUCCCUACUGGUUUGGGCAGCUCCCUCGACCUCUCCAACUCUAUUUCGAGUUCAAUUCUCACUGGACGCUAAUUUAUUGUACUUUUGAAAUAUGUAUAAUCGUAUUGUAUUUAUUAAGGAUUAUUUGAAUAAAACAUCGUUAUGGAUG